AUGAGAUUUUCAUACAUCACCAUCUUGGCCAAUUUACUUGGUGCUGGCAUUGCCUAUACCCAUUACUCCUACAACCCAUCGACAACGUUGCGACCAAUUGCCACACGAUCUCAAGCACGCAGUAUCUAUGGGCCUACGCCUACCGGGACACCAUGUGCAGGAAAUACCCCUAAUGACAGAUCUAUCUGGUGCAAUUACAGUAUCGACACAGACUACGAAAAUGUCGUUCCUGACACUGGUGUUACGCGCGAAUACUGGUUUGAAGUUAAAGAAGCCAUGCUCUCUCCCGAUGGAUUCAUGGCCCCACGCCUAGCCAUGACCAUCAACGGCACCUUGCCUGGCCCACCUCUCGUUGCAGACUGGGGCGACUGGGUGACCGUCCAUGUCACAAACCAUCUGUACCAGUCAAUGAAUGGUUCGAGCAUUCACUGGCAUGGUAUUCGUCAGAACUACACAAACCCAAACGAUGGCGUUCCCUCGCUUACCCAGUGUCCUAUUGCCCCCGGAUCAACUAUGACCUAUAAAUGGCGAGCUGGCCAGUAUGGAUCCUCGUGGUAUCACUCUCAUAUUGGUCUACAAGCCUGGGAAGGUGUAUAUGGGGCUAUUAUUAUCAAUGGACCGACAACUGCAAAUUAUGAUGUGGACAAGGGCGCAUUGUUCCUGAGUGAUUGGACACAUGAAACUGUGAACCAAUUGCACCAAGAUGUCCAACUACGGGGCCCUGCCAAAAAGUUGUCAAAUGGACUCCUCAAUGGCAAGAACAUCUAUGGGAACGGUACAAAUAAUACUGGGUCUCCUUUCCACAUGAAAGUAGGACAAGGCAAAUCCUAUCGGUUGCGACUCGUGAACCCUUCUAUCGACACGCACUGGAAGUUCACUAUUGACAACCACACAAUGACCGUGAUUGCAAUGGAUCUCGUUCCUAUAAAGCCGUUUGUCACGAAUGUCAUCAGCCUUGGAAUGGGUCAACGCUAUGAUGUUAUCAUCACAGCUAACCAGGAAUUUGUAGCCGAAUCCUUCUGGAUGAGAGCUAUACCAGCUGAUAGAUGCUCCCAAAACGAAAUGGCCGGCAACAUCCGAGGCAUCGUCUACUACGGCAACAAUCCCAAACAACCGCAGACGCAGUCAUUCCCCUUCACGAACGUAUGUGAAGACGAGCUUUUGACUAAUCUCGUUCCCCACGUCCCAAAGAAUGUCGAUCCGCCAAUUUCACCAGUCUGGGGUAGUAAUGUCACUGUCAGCAAUGUCAGGAAUGCACAGAACUUCUUCCGCUGGCGGUUCAACUCCACCUCGAUGAAUGUGAGCUGGGAGAACCCGACCCUGAUGCAAAUCUAUCACAACGCGAUAGGCUUCUCAAAUUCAAGCGGCGUGAUCGAGUUGCCUUUCAAGGACAAAUGGGUGUAUCUCUUCAUCCAAAAUACCGCCGUCACUCAUCCCAUCCACCUUCACGGUCAUGACUUCUCUAUCCUGUCACAAGGACAGCCUGGACCAGGGAAGCCACGAUGGGAUGGUUCUAUCAUUACGCAGAAUCCCCCACGCCGAGACACGGCUGUGCUGGCCGGGAAUGGGUGGCUGCUUAUUGCUUUCCAGACGAAUAACCCCGGCGCUUGGUUGAUGCACUGUCAUAUUGGAUGGCAUGUUGACGAGGGUCUGGCCUUACAGUUUAUUGAGCGGCAGGAUGAGAUUCGGGAUCUCGUUGAUAAUGCUCCGUUUAAUAAGAAUUGUGCUGCGUGGGAUAGUUAUGUCAAGACGAAGAAUAUUGUUCAGGAAGACUCGGGGGUUUAA